CAUAUACUGAGGAUCUGUUCCUUAAAGAUGAUAGUAUCGCGCAACUAUGGCAAGCCAGUGGUUGGGUGCAGCAAAACAGCUUUGGAUAUUUGAAAAGCUUGACACUAUGGAGAUGUGAUAGUGUAGUGCAUGUAAUUCCAUCUCAUUUGCUUUCUUGCUUUCCCAAUUUGGAAGUGUUAGAUGUAUGGCGUUGCAGUAAUGCAGAGGUGAUAUUUAAUAUGAAUGAUGAGAACAGGGUGAUAACAAAACCUUCCCCAAUAUUCCGUCUGAAAUCACUGUAUUUAAGUCAUCUACCAAAACUGGAGCAUGUAUGGGAGAAGGAUCCGGAGGGAAUUAUGGGCCUUCAAGUGCUAGAGGAAAUGAAAGUUGAUGAUUGUGGGCGUCUUAAAAGUUUGUUUCCAGCAUCCUUGGCCACCACAGAUCUCACCAGACUUCGACUGCUUGAGGUAAGAAGGUGUAAGGAAUUAAGAGAGAUAUUUGGGAAGGAUGAAAAAGUUGGAGAAGGAACAACACAACACUCUGCGUUUCCUCCUCUCACCACAUUGACACUGGAGCAAUUGCCACGCCUCACUAUCCACUGCUCCAAACAACAGGAGAGUACAUCAAAUUUGAGUGAGGAAGAUAUACAAGAGUUAUGUCUUGGCUCACGGUCCAUUCCAAACUCCUACUUCCGUCUCUUAGAAUCUCUGACUCUGGAUGGUUGUCAGGUUUUAUCAGAUGUACUGCUACCGUUCAAUUUACUUCAUUUCUUAACUAAUCUGGAAACAUUGGAAGUUCGAAACUUUGAUUAUGUCAAAAUCAUCUUUGAUGUCAAAUGUACAACACAAGAGAGAGAGGUGGCAUCUAUGGGACAAAUUUCUCUAAAGAAAUUGGUUGUAUCCAAGCUGCCAAAUCUAGAGAAUGUAUGGAAUGAUAAUCCUUAUGGAAUUCUAACCUUACACCACCUACAAGAAUUACAUGUUGAGGAAUGUAAAGCUCUUACAAGUGUGUUUCCACCAUCAGUAGCCAAAGAUGUUGUAGAACUUGAAAAUCAAGUAGUGGAGGAUGUACUGCUUCCUUUUAGUUUGCUUCCUUUUUUAACUAAUUUGGAAACGUUGGAAGUUCGAAACUGUGAUUCUGUCAAAUCCAUUUUUGAUGUCAAAUGUGCAACACUGGACAGAGAUAUGACAUCUGUGGGACAAACCCUCCCCUUUUCUCUAAAGAAAUUGGUUGUAUCCAAGCUGCCAAAUCUAGAGAAUGUAUGGAAUGAUAAUCCUUAUGGAAUUCUAACCUUACACCACCUACAAGAAUUAUAUGUUGAGGAAUGUAAAGCCCUUUCAAGUGUGUUUCCACCAUCGGUAGCCAACGACGUUAUAGAAUUUGAAAAUCAAGUAGGGGAAGAUGUACUGCUACCGUUUAGUAUGCUUCAUUUCUUAACUAAUUUGGAAACGUUAGAAGUUCGAAACUUGGAUUCUGUCAAAGUCAUUUUUGAUGUCAAAUGUACAACACAAGGCAGAGAUGUGACAUAUAUGGGACAAACCCUUCCUUUUUCUCUGAAGAAAUUGAAUGUAUCAAAGCUGUCAAAUCUGAAGAAUGUUUGGAAUGAAGAUCCUCAAGUAAUUCUUAGCAUGCACCAUUUACAAGAAGUUUGUUGUGAGGAAUGCGAAGGCCUUACAAGUGUGUUUCCAGCAUCAAAAGACAAGUAUCUUCUGAAACUUGAAAAUCUAGUAGUGAAAGACUGUAAAGGAUUGAUGACUAUUUUUGCAGAGGAUAAUAUAGAUCCAAGAACAAAGCUAGAGCUUACAUGUCCCUUUGUGAGAUCAUUGGAACUUGAGGGUUUGCCCAACUUCAAGUAUUUUUACUACAGCUCACUGUAUCUAGAAUCACAUACCGAGAAUAAAGUCGGUAGUGAAAAGUUAUUAAAGUGCUUGUCAUUGGGGGAAACUGGAGUAAAUAUGAUUUUGCGAGGAGAAUUUCAGCCAAACCUCCUAGACAACAUAAAAGCACUUACUCUGUGCUUGAGUUCGGAUUUAUUUGGAUAUAGAAUACUAGAACGGUUUCCAAAUAUAGAGAAACUUGUGGUGUGUGAUGGUUCCUUCAAGGAGAUGUUCUGUUGUGAAAGUCCUAAUAAUGUGUUACAUCAGCUGAAAGUAUUACGGUUGGAGUCCCUUAAAGUGCUGGUUUCCAUUGGGUUAGAGAACUCUUGGACUGAUUCAUUUGUCAGAAACUUAGAAACCUUUGAAGUCAUUAGUUGUGAGAGUUUAGAAAACUUGGUAGCAUGCACAGUGUGUUUCUCCAAUCUGAUAUGUUUGAAAGUAGAAGGUUGUCAUAGCUUAUCAUAUUUGUUGACAUCCUCAACAGCCAAGAGUUUGGGUCAACUUAAAAGAAUGGAGAUAAAAAAUUGUGAUUCAAUUGAAGAGAUAGUGUGUAAGGAGGAAUCAGAUGAGGAUGAGAUAAUAUUUGCGAAGCUCAGUUGUUUAAAUCUUGAAUUGUUAUUUAAGCUGAAAAGCUUCUACAGAGGGAGUUUAAGUUUCCCAUCCUUGGAGGAACUGUCAGUAACAUAUUGUAGGGAGAUGAGAACUUUUUGUGUAGGAAGUGUAGACGCAGGCAAGUUGUCUCAAGUAAAAUUUAAAUACGAAGAGGUUAUUCCAUUGGAAACCGAUCUCAACUCAAUUAUGUGGAAGAAAUAUCUGAGAGAGAUAUCACGGCUUGAUCUCAACAGUAGUAAACCAGAACUACGAGAGAUAUGGAGUGGCUCACUGUCUAUAUCCAACUUCUGUUUCAGUAAGUUGGCCACAUUGAUUGUAGAGGACUGUCCCUUUUUAUCAGAUGCAGUAAUACCUUUCCAUUUAUUUCCCCUAUUAUCCAAAUUGGAAACAUUGCAAGUUCGAAACUGUUAUUCUGUCAAAACCAUAUUUGAUGUCAAAUCUACAACACAAGACACAUCAAUUACUUUUCCUCUGAAGACAUUAGUUCUAUGGAAGCUGCCAAAUCUGGAAACCCUUUGGAAUGAAGAUACAGAUGGAAAUCCAGGUCAUCCAGAAGGAACCAAUCCCAAGCUUACGUUCCCCACUCUGACGUCAUUGACGCUAUGGGAUUUGCCCAACUUCAACCAUAAUAUUCAUGAUGCAACACCAACAUCUGAGCUAAUUAUACCCAACUUAGAGGAUCUGACAGUGGGUAAAAAUGAAUUAAAGAUGAUUGUGGACGGAGAAUUUCAGACAAACCUUUUACACAACUUAAAAGUUCUCGGUCUGUCCUUUGAUAAUGAGUGUGAUGAAUUUCCGGAGUAUGGAUUUCUACAACAGUUGCCAAAUGUAACGAAGCUUAUGGUGUGGAGUAGUUCCUUCAAGCUCAUUUUCUGCCAUCAAAGACCUAAUAAUAGUGAACUUCUAUUACAGCUCAAACAAUUACGCUUGGAGUGCCUUGAAAAGCUCGUUUACAUCGGCCAAAAGUUUGGGUCGACUUGA